UAAUUUAAAUCUGUGUAGAUUCAAUAAAAGAGGAGAGGAUUUCCCGAGUUUACGGGCAUAUAAUGAUUACUUAGAAAUGGUGGAGGAUAUAACUUUUAAUUUAAUGAAUGAAGUGGAUGUGGCGGAAACAGAAGCCAAAAUUGCUGCAUAUGAAAUGGAAAAUAAAGAUAGUAUCGCAGCGAAUCAAGCAAAGAAUGCCAACGAGCAAAGAUUUAGAAGCUUCCAGGAUGAGAUGGAGAAACAAGAAAAGGAACAAAAGCGGGAAGAGUAUUUACAACAGUUGGAAGAAGAGCGAAAGAUCAAGGAGAUUGAGAAAUCUGACAUUAUAUCCGAAUUGGCCACCACCAACAAGUCAGCACAAGCAGUAAUUCAGACGAGACAAGCAACUGCCCUUAAAAGAUCGUCUGCUCUUCGUCAGCAGCAACCAGAUACGAAUGGUAGCAACCGAUUAUCUAUGCCCUCAUGGAUCACGACUGCCAUGGAUACCGAUGCUGAAAUGAGAGAAACUGAGGCAAGGAAUUUUGAUCCAUUAUCAUUACAAUACCAAUAUACAACUGGAUAUACGGUGAGAGACAACUAUAUUGACCCGGCUACUGAGUAUCUUCACAACAAUAAACAAACCAGGGCAGGAGGAUAUGCACCAAAGUUUGCACACCAACGUGCAAUCAUGUCAGCAUUUACUGGUUUAAUGUGUCAGCCUGUAGAAUAAAAUGUCAUUAUUUUUAUUUUUUAUUUUUUUAUUGAGAGAUAUUAUACAAGUGUGUGAAUAAAAUGGUUGUUUUUUUUUCCUUUGUUAGUUACAUAAAUAAGAUUGGUUCUAAUAUGCAUAAUUUGGGUAAGGGAAGCAUGAUCAUCCUUGUAUAACACAGCUUAGUCUAUACUUCAUACCAAGGUAAGAUAGAUACAUUCUUGUAGGGAAAACGCGUAUACUUUUCAGAUG